AUGUCUGGGCGUCUACUUGAAGUCUUGAAUGUAGAAGAACAAAAACUGUUUGAAGAAGUAUUGCGAGACUUGCAACGUCGUCAACAAUGCCCGGCACAGUCUAGCGCGUCGGUUCUGAGUCAUUGUGCAGCAUGUGGAUUAGUUAAUAGGCGCCGAGUGGACGCGUCGCCAUACUGUGACGCAGUCGCUCCGUCAACAAGGACGAACAGGAGGCGCACGCUUGAUUUCGUUGUGAUGGCCAACAAACAUCUUCCAAGCACUACGUCC